UUUUUUUUUGUGCAAUUGUUAAGUUAUGAUGAAAUCUUGCUUUAUGUGCAGACCCAUCUGCAAAUUUAUGCGGGUUUACAGUGAUAAAGAUUAAAAAAAAAAAUUACUAGGGUUUAAGAGUUUGCCUUUUCCCCAAAAGAUUAAAAGAAUCUUUUUUUUUUGUUCACUUAGUUUCUUUUCAGUGUUUUCUGCAAAUUAUGUGGUUUUGCAAUGUUAACUCGGUGUGUGUUGAUCUGGGUUUUAGCUGCUGCGAAUUUAUUAGGGUUUAAGAGUUUGCCCCUUUCUCAAAAGAUUAAAAAAAUUAAUUUUUUUUUUAUGUCCACUUAAUUUGUCUUCAGCAUUGUUUGCAAAUUAUGCGUUUUCACAAUGUUAGCCCGGUGCUUGCUGAUCUGUGUUGUAGCUGUUGUCAAUUUAUUGGGGUUUUGGAGUUUGCCCUUGUCUCCGAAAACAAAAAGAAGUUGAUUUUUUGUGUGUAAAUUUUCCUCAGUAUUCUGUGGAUGAUAGUUUCUAGAUUGGUUUGGUUGAAGUGAUUUAGUUUUAAGGUGUCUUGAUUUCCAUUGAGCUAGAGCUUGUUGGACCUUUUGAUUAUUCUUCUAUACAAAGAAAUAUGUUGGGUUUAUUAAGACCUCUGUCUCUCUCUGUCUGUUCACUUCUUUAGCUUCAAUCUUAGUAGUGGUAUUUACUUAAGCCGAGGGUCUAUCGGAAACAUCCUCUCUACCUCUACGAGGUAGGAUUAAGGUCUGCAUACGCUCUACCCUCCCCAGACCCCACCUGUGGGAUUACACUGGGUUGUUGUUGUAAUCUUAGUAGUGGUAUUUGUUAUCAGACAUUUGAGGGUUUAAUAUUUCAUACUACAAACAAGAAAUUGUUAUGAUAGAUUCAUGCCUGAGCAUAAUUCCGUUGGUGACAGGAGUGAGGAGUCAAAUUGAUACUUACUGUAAGCAAUCAAGUGCAAUAGUUUUAACAAGUACUAGGGGUGUCAAAUGGGCAGGAUAAAAUGGUGGUCAAUAAACUUGUCAUGACCUUAUUCGAACUUUGCUUGGGUCAAUUUAGAUUCAUCGGGUCAUAACUCAACCCAUCCAAUUCAUACAUGCUUUAGUUUUUUGUCUGUUUUAUAAUUUCUUUAGUUACCUAAUCAAACUAAUAGUUUGGCCAAGCUUCUCCAAGGCCAAAAGUGCCUUUUUUUUUUCUUUCGAAAUUGAGGUGUCUGUCCAAGCUUUUAAGAGAAGAAAAAGUGCUUUUGAGUAGAAGUAGAAGCUGUUUUUGAGAAGCUGAAAAAAAGUAGCUUCCCUCCAAAGGGUCUGAGGUGCAGAAUGAAUAAGAAGAAAAAUCCUCUCGUAUUCUUAGAUGUAUCAAUUGAUGGAAAUGCUGCAGAAAAAAUUGUUAUUGAGCUCUUUGCAGAUAUCGUCCCAAAGACUGCAGAAAAUUUUCGGUCACUCUGCACAGGUGAGAAGGGAGUUGGAGAAUCUACUGGGAAACCUCUGCACUACAAAGGAUGCUUAUUUCACCGUGUAAUAAAAGGGUUUAUGGCACAAGGUGGUGAUUUCUCCAAAGGGAAUGGCACUGGUGGAGAGAGUAUAUAUGGAGGGAAAUUUCCAGAUGAAAACUUCAAAGUUGACCACACUGAGGCUGGUCUUCUCUCGAUGGCAAAUAGUGGUCCUAAUACAAAUGGAUCCCAGUUUUUCAUUAUAUUUAAGAGAACUCCCCAUCUCGACGGGAAGCAUGUUGUUUUUGGAAAAGUUGUAAAGGGAAUGGAUAUUGUGAGGAAAAUUGAACAGGUGGGAACAGACAAUGGGAAGCCUUCUGGGCUUGUGAAAAUUGUCAAUUGUGGUGAACUAUCUGAAAGGAAAAGUAACGAUACAACCAAAGCAGAGAAAGGUAAAAAUAAAAAGUCAGCUAGAGCUCUUUCCUCUGAUGAUGAUUCAGACAGUAAAGAAAAGGGGAAACGCAAAGCAUCCACCAACAGAAAGAAAAAGAAAAAGAGGAGAUACUCUUCAUCUGAUUCUUACAGUUCUGAGACAGAUACUGAUUCCUCUUCAGACUCUGACUCAGAUUCUAAGCUGGACUCCUAUUCUUCUAGUUCUUCAGGUGAUGAAAGGCGUAAGAAGAGGAAGAGGCCGACUAAGAAAGAAAAGAGUCGACGUGGGAAGAAAAAAGACAGUAAGAGGUCGAGGAGAACAGUUCAUCGAAAUAAAAGAUCAAGACGCAAGUGGAGCUCUGAGAGUUCUAGUGGCACAGACAGUGGGAGUAUGAGCAGCAGCAGCAAUGGUGGUAGUAGCAGCAGUGAUAGCUCUGAUGAUGAAAAUGGCAGGCCCAGAAAUUCUGGACGAAAAGGUUUGGGGAAGAAAUCAUCAAUCCCUCCCGAAGGACAAGCUGUUUUGAAGCAGCAACUGAAUCUUGAAGAGGGUGAAAUAUCUAAGAAUGGUAAGCUUCCAAAUAAUGGUAAUGGUGGAGACGUACAAACUGAAAGGACUCUCGCCACAAUUCAUGAAUCUGAUAAUUCGAGCAGAUCCAGGAGCCCAACACCAAGUCCUAAGGGGAAGCCAAGGCCCAGCCGCCGGAGCAGUCGAAGUAUGAGCCCAGCAAAAGUACCUGAUAGACUUGAUCAAAAUGAUGGAAGUCAUCAAAUUGGAUCAAAGGAGAGAAGUUUAUCAAAGAGUCCUUCACGAAAAGCUACUCAGCCAUCUCGCUCUAGUCCUGGCAAGGAUUUAUCCGAAAAUCGUUCUCCAGAUGGAACGAAACGAAUCCGGAAAGGCCGUGGCUUCACUGAUCGCUAUUCAUUUGCAAGACGCUAUCGCACCCCAUCUCCUGAGCGUGCACCUUACAGACCUUAUGACCACGGUGGGAGAAAUUUUCAGGGGAAUCGUGAUAGGUACUCAAGUUAUAGAAACUAUUCUGGGCGCUCUCCACCCGGACGGUACAGACGGUCACCAAGAGGCAGAAGUCCACCCAGUAGAUACCGGCGCAGGAGUCGAAGUAGGAGUGUUUCUCACAGCCCUAGGCGUGAGAGGCGUCGAAGUAGGAGCCCUUCACGCAGUCGCUCCCCUAAAAUCAGUGACAGAUUGAAGUCUCGUCUUGGGCCUCGUGUGGAUGAUCAGCCUUCUCCCACUGGGAGGUCAGCCUCAAGAUCUAAAAGCCCUCGAUCUCGCGAUGCUGCUCCAAGGAAGCACAGUAGAAAAGUAGGAUCUGCAUCACCUAGUAGUUCGAGAUCAACCUCCCCUGCUCGACAGAGGGGUCUAGUCUCAUAUGAUGAUAUCAGUCCCACCAGGACAAACUAAUAUGUACCCUUCAAGCUCAUAUAUGAGCCACUAGAUUUGCGAAAAGUUUAUGGUCUAGGUUUAAACUAUGUUUCAUCAGAUGUUCUCUUAGCUGGGAUUGUCAAUUCAGUUUUAUAAUUUUGUAUUUCAGUAAACUAAUAGUUCAACAUUGAUUAUCUUAUUUACACACUACUGUAGCAGCAAAGCUUCUGAUAAGAACUCCAUUUGUGGCUAGCCAUUUCCUGGAGUAAGGUCCAGAUUAGUUUUUCAGAAAUGUCAUUAUUGGUUGUAUGGUGA